AUGGCUACCGACAAGGGACUCGAGGAUGUCCCCGAGGGACAGAUCGAGUCUAACUGGGACGAGACCGUCGACUCUUUCGAUGACAUGGGUCUCAAGUCUGAGCUUCUCCGUGGUGUCUACGCCUAUGGUUUCGAGCGCCCCUCGGCCAUCCAGCAGCGUGCCAUCAUGCCUGUUAUCAAGGGCCAUGAUGUCAUUGCCCAGGCCCAGUCCGGUACUGGAAAGACGGCCACCUUCUCCAUUUCCGUUCUCCAGAAGAUUGACCCCGCGGUCAAGCAGUGCCAGGCUCUGAUCCUGGCCCCCACCCGUGAGCUUGCUCAGCAGAUUCAGAAGGUCGUCGUCGCCAUCGGCGACUUCAUGAACAUUGAGUGCCAUGCUUGCAUCGGCGGCACCAGCGUCCGCGACGACAUGAAGGCCCUGCAGGAUGGCCCUCAGGUUGUUGUCGGCACCCCUGGCCGUGUCCACGACAUGAUCCAGCGCCGCUUCCUCAAGACCGACAGCAUGAAGAUGUUCGUCCUCGACGAGGCCGACGAAAUGCUCUCGCGUGGAUUCACCGACCAGAUCUACGACAUCUUCCAGCUGCUGCCUCAGUCUACCCAGGUCGUCCUCCUGUCCGCCACCAUGCCCCAGGACGUCCUUGAGGUCACCACGCGCUUCAUGCGCGACCCCGUCCGCAUCCUGGUCAAGAAGGACGAGCUUACCCUGGAGGGUAUCAAGCAGUUCUACAUUGCCGUGGAGAAGGAGGAGUGGAAGCUCGACACCCUCUCCGACUUGUACGAGACUGUCACCAUCACCCAGGCCGUCAUCUUCUGCAACACGCGCAGAAAGGUCGACUGGCUCACCGACAAGCUCACCGCCCGCGACUUCACCGUCUCCGCCAUGCACGGCGACAUGGACCAGGCGCAGCGUGACCUGAUUAUGAAGGAAUUCCGUUCCGGAUCGUCUCGUGUCCUCAUCGCCACGGACCUUUUGGCCCGUGGUAUCGACGUUCAGCAGGUCUCCCUGGUCAUCAACUACGAUCUUCCCGCCAACCGCGAAAACUACAUCCACCGCAUUGGUCGUGGCGGUCGUUUCGGCCGAAAGGGCGUUGCCAUCAACUUCGUCACGGCCGAUGAUGUCCGUAUGAUGCGCGAGAUUGAGCAGUUCUACAGCACCCAGAUCGAGGAGAUGCCCAUGAAUGUUGCCGACCUCAUCUAA